AUGCCGCAAUUCAAACAAGGAAGUUCUGUGCGCUAUAAGCCCGUUGGAGGUCCCGAAUCCAAUACCUCUGAAAGUGUCGGUACCAUUAAGUCCAUCCUCACGGAACAUGGACAACAAGCUGGCCGUAACGUUGCUGCAAGCGAAGAAGAACCACGCUAUGAGAUCGAGAACAACAAUACGGGAAAGACGACAACCAUAUUCGAGAAAAAUAUCCUAGGUCCCGCUUGACCGAAAGCAUUUAACUUUAUGCCACGUUCUUUAUCCUAUAAAAGUGUUGGAGUUUUGUCGGAAAGCUCAAAGAAUGUAAUUAGCUUCCUGUUCGUGAAAUAAAAUCAACCACCUCACCUUCCUUUAGUAUCUCAACAUUUUCUGUACCAUUUGAGCAUACCCUAUUAUUCUUGUUGAAGCCUACUCGUAUGAGCAAUCACUUAAACUUUGCCCAAUGCUCCAUCG